UACUCCUACCUCGUUCGCAAAAUCCUCCUCCCGAUCUCCACCACCACUUUCCCAUUGACCGCGGCGGGAAAGGGCCUUCGAGACUUGGGAGGUUGGAGCGAGCAAGCUCGGCCAUGGCGAAGCUCUCCUGCCUUCUCAUCGUCUCCUUCGCCGUCGUCGCGGCGUUGGCGGCCACGGACGACGACGCGGCGGCGGCGGCUGAGGGGAUCACGGUGGCGGAGGCGUCGUCGGACCCGGAGAACAAGUGCGUGUACACGAUAUACGUGCGGACGGGGACGAUCUGGAAGGGCGGGACGGACUCGGUGAUCGGCGUGACGCUGCUGGGCGCCGACGGCUCCGGGGUGCGGAUCCGCGACCUGGAGCGGUGGGGCGGCCUCAUGGGCGACGGCCACGACUACUACGAGCGCGGCAACCUCGACAUCUUCAGCGGCCGCGGCCCCUGCAUGCGCCAGGCGCCGUGCCGGAUGAACCUCACCUCCGACGGCACCGGCCCGCACCACGGCUGGUACUGCAACUACCUCGAGGCCACCGUCACGGGUCCCCACCUCGGCUGCGCGCAGCAGCUCUUCACCGUCGAGCAGUGGCUCGCCACCGACGCAUCGCCCUACCGCCUCUACGCCGUCGUCGACAACUGCAACAAGGCCAAGGACGCCGCCGCCGCCGACGCCGACGAGCCGAGGGUCACCGUGCUGUAAAUAAAUCGUAGAUUCUCUUUGGAUUCCCGUGUAAUUAUGUACCUUACGCGUAUGUGGUCUACUGCUCGACUGCUCGUGCUGUCGUGCAUUGCAGUGAUUGAUCCUUUUUUUUACAUUGAGGGGAGGAUGCUAAAAUAAUUAUACGAUUUUAAGAGGGUAAUAAGAUGAAACCAGCGUUGGAUCGGUCGGACGAUCCGGUGCUCACUCCAGUUGGUAACAUGUCAGCAUCACUCCAUUCACACCUUCAAUGUCACCAUGACUGGCUUAUUGAUUUCCAUGUAUCGUUUUUGUGUCGGCAUAA